UCCAUUUUUAUUACUGACGACCCAAGACAAAGUUCUUAUCUCUCAUUUUCUCUCAAACAUGGAUUUUUUCAAAAAUUUGGCAGACUCUUUUGUAAAAGAAGUGGUCGAUCCAACGGUAUCUUUUGCAGAAGAUUCUGCAAGAACUGUCGCAAGAGAAGUGGUCGAUCCAACAGUAUCUUUUGCAGAAGAUUCUGCAAGAACUGUUGUAAGAGAAGUGGUAGAUCCAACAGUAGCUUUUGUAGAAGAUUCUGCAAAAACUGUUGUAAGAGAAGUGGUAGAUCCGACUGUGGCUUUUGUAGAAGAUUCUGCAAAAACUGUUGUAAGAGAAGUGGUAGAUCCGACAGUGGCUUUUGUAGAAGAUUCUGCAAGAACUGUUGUAAGAGAAGUGAUAGAUCCGGCCGUCGCGUUCAUUGAAACCCAGUUCCAGCGGCCACGAGACGUCAUUGAGCAAGAAAAAAUCCUAGACAAUCUCCUUGCAUCCAACGGUUCACGUUUCCCUGGCGACGACUACCAUUCCCCCGACCGGAAAAACUGGAUGUCCCAUCUCUCCUGUGAGAAACUGACUCUUAACAAGAUCGUAUGGCCAGGAACGCACGACUCAGCCACGAACGGAAUCGGUAUAGAUGUGGUAACUCGUCCCUUGGGUGAGUGCCAAACGCUCUCCAUCUACGAGCAGCUAGUUCGUGGAACACGACUCCUCGACGUCCGUGUACAAGAGGAUCGCUAUAUCUGCCACGGGAUCUUGGCGUCAUACAACGUGGACUUCGCCAUCGACGACGUCAUCAGAUUCUUGUCGGAGACUCACUCGGAGAUCAUUAUCCUAGAGAUAAGGACGGAGUACGGACACAAAGACCCUCCGGAGUUUGAAAGUUACUUGACUAACAAGCUAGGUCAAUUCUUGAUACAUCAAGACGAUAACUUGUUCAACAAGUCACUAUCCGAGAUCUUGCCGAAAAGGGUUAUUUGCAUCUGGAAACCUAGAGAGUCCCCGAGGCCGAGCCGCGGUGGACUUCUCUGGAACUCUGACUAUCUAAAAGAUAACUGGAUCGAUACGGAUCUUCCAUGGACGAAGUUUCAAAGCAAUAUGAACCAUUUGAAAGACCAACCAUCGAUAUCUUCUAGAAGAUUCUUUUACCGGGUUGAGAAUACACUUACGCCACAAGCAGAUAACGUGGUUGUGUGGGUCAGACCCGUGACUGAUCGUAUCCGAAGGUACGCAAGGCUCUUCGUCUCUAGGUGUAUAGCCGAGGGAUGUAUAGAUAAGUUGCAGAUUUUUUCGACGGAUUUUAUCGAUGAGGAUUUCGUUGAUGCCUGCGUUGGGCUUACAUACGCUAGAAUCAAUGGAAGAAUUUGAUUAUAUGUACUACACUGAACGAUGGUUGAUCUCUCUGAUGUAACACGAAUAUGAUUUUUCUUUUCUUGUUUGCCUUUUCUUUUUUGACAUCUUCUUGCUUGCUUGCCUUUUAAAUAUGUUUACUUUAUGCUUCUUUCGACGUGUAGAUGUUUACUUUUUGUAUAUACAGUAUGUUUUUAUAUCCAUGUAAACAUAUUUCUUUGUCGGGGAACGUGUAAAUUAUAUAGUAUAAAAUAUGUAAUGAAUUGUAUUUAAUCUU